AUGGUUGCGGCACCACAGUAUGGUAACUAUGCAGAAAUCCAAGAAACAGGAGUGCGCAAGAGAUGUAAGGUGGAUGGGCAGGAUAUGGAGGUAACUUUCUUUCAAGCUUAUAAUGAUGGCAUGGAUUUUGUGUUCAUCGACAGCCCCAUGUUCCGCAAUUUUGAGAAGAAUAUAUAUAUGGGGGGCCGAGACGAUAUUUUAAAAUGCAUGGGUCUCUUCGGUAAGGCUGCUCUUGAGGUUCCCUUCUGCAAGUAUACCCGGUGCGUUCCUAUGAUCCACAACAUAGCACAUCGGGGCCGUGGACAAGUAUGCGAUUUAUGUUAUGAAGAUCUUCCACAAAACUACUUCAAACUAUAUGACCCAGGAGGUGGAAAACACUUCAAUGUCCUUACGACUGGCCUGAGUGCAGCAGAUCGUGUAGUCACU